UAGGGCUUCGCCUGCCUCCGCCUCUCUCAGCUGGCUUGAAGGUUGUUGUUGUUGUUGCUAAAAGAUUAGUGGACCAGCUGGUUGCUCUCUGGCCCAAGCUACUAAGAUGGAAGAGGCACAGUCCCACCCCAGCGUAGUUUUCCUGAAUGUGGCCUCAAGUUAUGUACCCCAUACCAAAGUGGAGUGCCACUACAACCUGCCACCUGGCCUGAAGCCAUCCACCAGAGACUGGAUUGGGAUCUUUAAGGUGGAUGCUUCUUCAGUACGUGACUAUUAUACUUUUGUGUGGAGUAUAAUGCCAGAUGGUGGAGCUUCUGAAGGAACUCUUCAUUGCAGCGUCCAGUUCCAAGCCAGCUACUUACCUAAACCAGGACUCCAGCAAUAUCAGUUCUGGUAUGUGGAUCGCCAUGGGGAGGUGCGUGGUCAAAGUUCCCCUUUCCAGUUCAGCGAACCCCGUCCCAUGGAUGAGCUCGUCACUCUAGAGGAGGCCAGCGAGGAUGGUGGGGGGACUGACAUGCUGCUGGUAGUCCCCAAGGCCACUUUACUUGAGACUCAGCUGGAAGAGAGUCGUCAGGAACAAGGAGCCCUGUUGCGUGAGUCCUGCCGCCUGAAGGAAGAGGUUGAAGAACUGAGAAGCCGUGUGGCAGAGCUGGAGACAGUGCUCGGCUCCUUGCGUGAUGAGCACACCAAGCUGGCUGCACAAUAUAAGGAACUGUCAGCUUCUUAUGCAGAAAUCUCCAAGCAGAGAGACACUCUGAGCAUUCAAGAAACUGAGCACUUGGCCCGAAUCCAGGAACUGGAGGGUGAUAUCCACGCGAUGGGGGAGAAGAUGCUUCAGAGGGAGACGGAAUUGGACAGGGUGAAAGACAUAGUCAAGUCUCUGCUGAGGGAGCAGGAGCACAUCCACCAUCAGCUCAAGGAGGAGAAUGCUGAGAAAGAGCAGUACCAGGUCAAGCUGCAGGCUUCCAAGGAGGAGAGCCGUAGCCUGGCCUCCGACUUGCAAGAAGCCAAGACUCGUCAUGGUGAGAAAGUCUCCCAGGCUCUCAUGCUGCAGGAGGAUAUUCAGAAGUUGCAGCAGAAGCUGGCAGCAGCUAACCGCCGCACUGCACAGAUGGAGUCCUUGUGUGAACAGCUACGCACCACACAGGAUGUCCUUGCUGCCAGCCAGCAGAAAGUGGCACUGCUAGGGGAAGAGCUGGCCAGUGUGGCCUCCAUCCGAGAUCGCACCAUCUCUGAUCUCCACAAGAGCCGCCUUGAGGCAGCCGAGAUCAACAUCAAGCUUGCUGACAUGACCCUCAAGUGGAAAGAAGGCAAAGGCCAGUGGUGGAAGGAGAAAGCCAUACUGUUGCAGAACAUGGAGGCAGAGAAGGAUAAGAUCCUGAAGCUGAGUGCUGAGGUUCUGCGUCUUGAGAACAGCUUGCAAGAAGAGCGGGCACAGUGCCAGGUGUUGCGUAUGGAGCUGGCACAGGAACGGGAUGCCAGUCUGGUUCAGGUCUCUGAGAGCCGCCGGGAGCUGCGGGAACUACGGGCUGCCCUGCAGGUUGCCCAGAAGGAGAAGGAGCAGUUGCAGUCCGAAAAGCAGGAGUUGCUGGUGUACAUACGCCGCCUUGAAGAACGACUGGAGAAGGUAGCAGAUGAGAAAUGGAGUGAAUCAGUUCUGGUUGAUGAAGAGGAGACGGUUCUGGAUGCUCCUGGCUCCCUGGACUGCCCGCUGUCUGACUCUGAGGAUGAAUGCCCUGAGGACAUGCGCCUGCCUGCCCAGCUCAGUUCUUACAGCCUGUGUGACACCCGGGCAGCGACCACCACGCCACCCUGUGCCCAUGGGCCGUCUCACACAGUGGUGAUCAGCCAGCCUGCACCUCUUGCCAGUCAGAUCAAACAGCCACCUGAGGAUUCCAGUUCUGACUCGGAAGCAGAGGAUGAGAAGGCGGUUCUGAUGGCAGCUGCCCAGAGUGGUGGUGAGGAAACCAACCUCCUCCUUCCGGAGCUGGGCAGUGGCUUCUGUGAAGUGGCCAGUGGGCUGACAGGGCAGCAGAUGUCAGAACCAUCCGGAAUGGGCGCAUCUCCCUUGGACCUGCCCUCACCAGGCUUUUGGAAGGAGUGUCCCAUCUGUCACGAGCGCUUCCCACCCGAGAGUGACAAGGAAACUGUUGAUACGCAUGUUGACGGGCACUUCUUUUUUAGCACCCAUGACCCCUUUACUUUUGAAUAAGCUUCUUGUCUCCACCACCACUAUCACGUCCCCUGGUUUUCCCCUCUCUCAUUUCAGUGAGAUUCGGGCUGGUUCCUUCCCUCUCUUCUUGCUUCCGUAGAGGGUUUGUUAAGAUGAAUGAAUUAUCCAGCACAAUCCCAUCAUCUAGUUGGUGGCUGUAAAAAACGGUUGUCUUCCAGAGACUCUUUCCAAAGCAGAACAGUCAGAGCCAACUUCCACCAGGAGUUGCAUCCUCAGAGGUGGGAACUAGGUGAUACUAAGCUGUAGCAGGAUGGACCUCUCACCACCAUAGAGUAGUAGCUGUCCAGGGCAUUUGGUGCGAUCUGCUACAGACACCCACAAUCACUUUGCCUUCUUGUUUGCCUGCCAGUUUACCAGUGCUACCAAAUUCUUGAAAAUAUUUGUAUCUGCAAAACCCACCAAAUAUAUGUAGGUCCCCACUAUGCAUAUGCUGAGUAUGCGUUAUGGCUCCUAGGCCUUGCAAGGAAGUCAGCUGCUUCCACACUGCCCAGUGACCGUGUUCUCCUCACUACAGAAGGUCAUGAUACUCUGGCAUGUGCCCUCUGUAGACUUUGUAGAAAAUCAGGAGCAAUUGCAACUGAGAUAUGGUAGGCAGGCAAAUAGGUACAGGGAAGAAGAGUCUUCCGUUCCCUUAUCAGUGGCAGCUGUAUUGAGACGGAUGGGAGGGGAUGAGAGUUGUAUAUUAUUGGGUCUCCACCUAACCGUGCACUCCCGUAUUUGGUUCUCCUGUUACAAGGACCGCUUAUCCCUGGCCUACAGGUCCAAUAAGAUUCCUUGUGGCUGAUUUCAGCUGAGAUCCAACCACACCUGGGGCGUUAUCGACUCUGUACUCCUGCAAUAAACCAAAAGUCAGCAUUGAUGGAGAAGUUCAGAAAUUAAGGAAAUGGGUUCCUUGGUUAUAAACAGUAGGCUGAAUGUAUAUAUACAACGCAAGGGUUUGGAGAAAAGAAUGUGAGGGCAGAAAUGUCCAUGUUGGGAGGGUACUUCUCUCUUCUCAGCGUUGAAUGGAACAGGCCAGCCACAGAUGGAAGCUCUGCCCACCUAUUGUUUAACUCCUGAGUAUGUGAACAGAAAGAAAGCAAAUGAAAUGCAAA